AUGCACCGGAGACGGCGGUUGGCCGACUGCUCCGCGCUCCUGCCCCGGACGGCGGCGUCCGGGGUCAACGGCUCCUGCCGCUCGGCAUCGGGCGCUCCCGGAUCUCCCCCGGGGCGCGCUCUGCCCGGCGCCGGCUUCACCACAAACUUUGCGGGCCAGGGGAGAGAGGGAGGUGGCCGACUCUCAACACAGUCCCAGGUGGCCGGGCCAGGGGGGCCCGCGACGGUGCCCGGCCAGAGACCAGCCCCGCUGGAGGGGCGGAGAGGGGGCGGGCACCGCUGCAGCUACUCAGGGCUCGCUCGGGGCUCCCAGCUGGGGCCGGCCCCCCGGAGCCUGUCACUCACCUGCCUAACCCCGCCCCAGCCCGGCCCCGCUCUCUUCCGCCGGCUGGCGGUGCCCGCGCCGCCGCCGCCACCCGCCCCAGGUGCGGUGCGCACCGCCCCCCGGCCCCACCCAACCAGGUGCCCGCCCCGCCGCCGGUCUCCCGGGGAGCCCGGCCGGGAAUUAUUCGCCCUCAAUGGCCCCCGGCUGCGUGCGGAGCAGCCUCCUCCCUUCUACGCGCCACCGCCCCAACCUCAGGCCCCGCCCCUCGGGGAGGGGCCGUCCCGUCCCUCCCUGGAACUGCCUGGCCCGGAGCCGGCAGGCACGUGA